AUGUUAACAUUAAGUGUAUUAAUAAUUAAAUUUUGGCAGUUAAUUUUGUCCCAAAUGUUUAUUUUAAAUAAUCGAUCAAUAUUAUCUAUGAAUUGUUUAAUAUUAGAUAUGAUUAUUCAAGUAUGUUUAACAUUUAAUGAUUAUCUUUAUGGAUGUGUUUCUAUUGAACGGGUUAUUACAGUACAUAAAGGAAUAGCUAAAUGGAUAAGUUUAUGUAUUUUUAUUUUAAUAAUCCUAACACAUGUUCAUGAUCCAAUUCACCGUCAUUUAAUUGAUGAUAUUGAUAUAGAUGAACAACGUAUAUGGUGUGUUGUUCAAUAUUCUUCAUCAACAAAUAUUUUUAAUUCAUUUAUAACUAGACAUGACCCAAACCCAAACUCAAAUUCAAACCCACGUUCACGUUUAACUAUUCAACCACGAUUAACAUUUAAAAAAUAUUUACAAUUAAAACAACAUAAAUCUCAUCUUAUUGCUUUAUGUACUUUAGUAUUUUUAGCUUUACCACGUUUAAUUAUAUCAUUUAUACGUGGAUGUAUGAAGUCACCAUAUCAUUCCUGGUUUUUUCUUUCGAGUUGUUUAUUUGCAUUUUUACCAUCGAUGAUAAUAUUUAUUAUAUUUCUAUUACCAUCGAAAAUGUACAAAAAGGAAUUUAAUACUGUUCUUGAUCAAACAGUUCGAAAACUUCGUACUACAUAUCGACAAUGA